UUUAAAUCACAUACUAUAAGUAUUUUGAUACUAUUAAAAUUUAGUCUUCAGAUUGUCAGCACAGUUUUAAUGUAUCAAGAUUCACUUUAGAAAGUCUGGACAGCCAAAAACAUGGAAUGCAAUUGCAAAUCGGAUCCAAGCCACAUUUGGAGGUGGUUUAAAAUGCGUUUUUUUUCUUUCAAUCAAUUCCUACAGAUGUGUCUCACUCUGGCCCAUUGACUGUACAGUCUAUGCUGUGACUGCUCAUAGCAUUUCAAAGUGUAUUUUGCGACACACGUCAAAUCCAGAGUGACGGAAGUGCAUCCGCGUGACUCAUGUGACUGAGCAGAAUCCAUGCUGUUUGCUGUGUAGUACUCUGUCACUGAGUUUGUCUGGUGCGGCAGCGUUCUGCACCGCAACUUUACAACGCUAUUGUUUGAGGGCAACGUAAUGGAUCUCCAUAGCUUAUCUAGUUACUGAUGGCUACGUCAACACCACAGCAACUCAUGCAGAUAGGUUGGUGAUGUCUGGACGCACAAAUCCAACCUGAUCACUUACUUAAAUAACAAUGCGGACAGUCUGUCUUAAAGAUCCUAUUUGCCUGCAGUCUGAACAAAGCUUUCGUGUUGACAAUUCUUGUUAAUGAUCCAGCUAACUGUGAAUGAGCCUGUGCUUUUUGCAGGUACAGUUGUAGAUUAACUUUAAACCAGCUUUGAAGAACACCAGGAAAUCCAGGCUUGUAUCAAAUCAAACAAAGCAAGCUACUGUAAUUCAGAACAGGGUGCAUGAUGCCCUCACUUCACUGAGCAGCUGGUUUGACAUUUGCGCAUCUUUAUUUUUCCAGUGCAAUAUUUUUAUUUGGUCUGUGUUAUUUUCAAAUUAAGAAUUUGUUUUGGUUCCAAUUCAACCUCACAUGAACAGUAUGCCCACUAAAUAUGAAGCUACAGUUAGCUUAGCUUAGCAUAAAGUCUGGAAACAUAUGGAGACAGCUAGCCUGGCUCUGUCCAAUGGUUACAAAAUCUGCCUACCAGCAUCACUAAAGCGCACUAAUUAAAAUGUUAUAACUUGUUUGUUUAAUUUGUACAAAAACUUGUAGUCUUGCCAAGAAGUCUCCCUCAUAUCCUCCCAUCAAACAAUGUACUGAUAGGUGGAGUUUGUUACCGUUGGACAAAACCAGACUGUGUCACUGUGUUCCAGUUUUUAUGCUAAGCUAAACUAACCGGCUGCUGGCUGUUGCCUCCUAUUUACCAUAGAGACAUGAGAGUGGUAUCGAUCUUCUCAUCUAACUCGCUACAAGAAAGCAAGUGGUUUAGAGAUUAAACAGUUCACUCCAGUAUUCAUGAAGUUUUGGACAGACAGUAGAUCUGAUUCAUCUGCAGUACAUUUCUCAAACCAGGAUGACACUUUCUUUUCAGUAUUAUAAUCAGUGCAGGGUUUUAAACUCUGCUUUAAUUUACUCUUUCUUCCCAUCGAUGUGUGUUUUUCCCCCCGCAGGCUCUGUUCAGGUAUGAUGUUUUGUUCUAAAAACAAACUGUUAGAAAGUUCAUGCAUUCAUGUAAUAUGUCAGGUUUAAAAGGAUCCUUAUAUAAAGUCUGACCUGAAUCUAUGUGAAAGCUUUCCUUUUCUGGAAAUGUUUGAAAUUAGUACUUCAAUCCUUUUAAAAUUUGUGAACAAAGCAGUUUUUCAUGCAUGAACAGCUUUCUCCUCCUAAUUAUUCAAAGUGAGCAGGAAUCAGGACAAGCAGGAAACCUGAUCCACGAACUAGCAGAGUCCCCUCCCUGUUGCUCUUCCCUCUCACACCUGCAGUGCAAAACCAUGAAGCAAAAUACAACCAGCAGCUUUUACAGCUGAGCGAAGGCUUGUGAUAAAAAUGAUCUUCAGCUCAACUGAAAGUAGAUUUUGUUGCUGUCUUUGACUUUGUGGCAAACUUCAAAACCUGCCUUGGAUUUGUUUUGUUUUUUUGGCAGAAUGCGGACUCAGCUCGUUGGUGUGUGUUUGGCAAUCAUCGGCUUUCUUGGCACCAUCCUUAUCUGCGGACUGCCCAUGUGGAAGGUGACUGCUUUUAUCAGCAGUAACAUCAUCACCGCUCAGGUCUUCUGGGAAGGUUUAUGGAUGAAUUGUGUGAUCCAGAGCACGGGUCAAUCGCAGUGUAAGGCCUACGACUCCAUUCUGGCUUUACCACAGGAUCUGCAGGCUUCCAGGGCUCUGAUCUGUGUCUCCAUCACUGUCAGCGUGGUGGCCAUCGGGCUCACUGUGGUUGGAGCCCGCUGCACCAACUUCUUUCGUGAAGACUGGCUGACCAAAGCUAAUGUUGGCAUGGCUGGAGGUGUGGUGUUUAUAUUAGCAGGGAUCCUGUGUAUUAUUCCUGUCAGCUGGUCAGCUUACAGCAUCAUCACAGGUUUCUACAACCCACUGACCAGCGAGGGGAGGAAAGGAGAGCUCGGGGCUUCCAUAUAUGUGGGCUGGGCGUCUGGAGGGCUGCUCAUCAUUGGAGGAGGGGUUUUGUGUAGCACCUACAGAUGCUGAGGACGAGGAGAAGAGAGAGGAAGAUAGUACACGAUGCCAUCUAUCAAUUACUGUAGCUGAAAAGCAGUAAUGUGUUCACUGUGAUGGACUUUCUUUGUUUAAGUCUUUGAUUAAAGCUCCCUUUUCAACCUAGUUAAUUGCACUAUACUCACAUUUUACAACAAAUCAGUUCCAAAUUUGUGUAAAAUAUUAAAAUGUGUAGCAUAUUGAAGUGUACAGUACAUUGCACAACCAGGGCAUGGGUUUAUGGUUGUUUUUAAAGUGAAGAAUUACAAAAUGAAGUCUGGUUGAGCUAAUAGUUGUAUAAUGUGAAAAAAAGAUGUUUAAUGCACAGAUCUGAGUUCAUGUGAAGUGUUUUGGUAUGCAUGACACAAGUUAUAAAAUGCUGCAAGAAUAAUCAGUUUUUAAGACCUUUAAAGACCAUUGGUGUCAUGUUUAAUCAUAAUCUUAAACAGUAUUUUUUUUACUGGCAGUGUGGUGAGGAAAUGUCUCUUUGUUUGCCUGGUAAACAAGGCAGUUUUACUUUAGGAAUUUCAGACACAACUUUCAGGAACUAGAAUUAGACAAAUAAAUCAGCUAAAUAAAAAAGUUAUUAUUAAUCGUUAUUACUCUAGUUGUGAACGAAGUUGAAUUGUACUGGAAACAACUAAAAUGUCUCUGGUCUCUGAUGUUUUCCAUCUGUUUUCCUCAGUGUUGAAUAAUUGUCAAGUGGAGGAAACUAUGAAUGUUUGUAUCUUUGUAUCUUAAAAAACCAAUAAAUUCACUUUGUAUAUUUGUGUUUUUGUAAAGAA